AGCUGGAUCCUCCCCCACUUUUCUAAGUUUUUAGUUUUUCUGUUUUUCUCAUACACGCUAGAUACACGCUGUGAAAAAUAUUAUCAUGGAAACGAACGAAGUGGUAAAACCCAAGAGAAAAGUUAAAAGAGGAAUAAUAUAUUUGUCCACAAUCCCGAAAUAUAUGAACGUCACAAAGAUCCGGGAGAUAUUCUUGGCUUAUGGCAAAGUGGACAGAGUGUAUUUACAACUAGCCGAAAAUGAGGCACAAUCGGCUAAAAAGAAGCGGAAAAAGGCGAUCAAGCAUUUCACUGAAGGUUGGGUAGAGUUUGAAAGUAAGAAAGUAGCAAAAUUUGUAGCAGCAACAUUAAACAACACUCAAAUAUCUAUGAGAAAGAAAAGCAAAUUUUAUGAUAUUAUGUGGAAUAUCAAGUAUUUGCCUAGAUUUAAAUGGAUUCAUUUGAGUGAGCGGUUAGCAUAUGAACGUGCCGUACAUAAACAAAGACUUUUAACUGAAAUAGCACAAGCUAAGAGAGAAGUCAACUUCUUCUCGUAUAAUGUAGAUAGGAGUAAGAAAUUACUUAAGAAACACAAGCAAGGAAAAGAGACAACUUUCGAAUUGCAUGAAGUUAAGCAAAGGGAUACUGACAGUGAGAUAAGGAAUAGAAAAGCAGAGAAGAUAGAUGUAGAAGAUAGAACAGACUUUCUUAAAUCAAUAUUUGGAUAAAAUUUUAUAGAUUCAGUGUAUAUAUAGGUAUCGUAUAAUUAUAUAACAAUAUAUUUAUAGUGAUUAAAUGUACAAAGAAACUUAAACUGUUCAAUUGUUUUAUAAUAAAACUUGUUUUUUUAUAA